AUGGCGGACGACAGCUACGUUGAUGGGAGCUACUUCUUCUACGCUCCCAACAAGGGCGCGCCAUUCUUCUUCGCCAUAGCGUUCGCCGGGUCGGCUAUGCUGCACUUUUGGCAAUGCUAUCUUUCAAAGGUCACCGGCCUGUUCCCGUUCUGCUGUCUGCUCUUUACGGCGGGCUUCGCCGUUCGCAUAUACAGUGCGUGGAAUUACGAUAACCUGGACACCUUCAUCGCGCCGGUUUGCCUAGUGUAUGCGGCACCGCAAGAGAGGCCAUGGACUCACCUUUUCCCGCGGACGGCGUUCCGGAUCGUGGAGUACUUUGGCGUCGCGGCGAUGCGUCGGGGCCCGGACGCGGACGCCGGCGAGGUACCGCCGGCGAAGCGGUACGAGUGGUUCUUUUACGUGUUCGAUGCGGGCCUGAUGCUGGCCAACGUCGUCAUAUUCAAUGCGCGGCACCCACGGCGGUACCUGCCGGAGAGAUACACGGUGUACCUCGCCAGGGACGAGGGAACGGAGGUGGACGGGCCCGGGUGGAAGGAGAGCAAGGGGAGCCAAGCCGUGUGA